AUGGCUAGAGCUGGGAGCAGCCUCCAUCCUUCUGUCAAAGUCUGGGAGAGAUCUGAGAGGCCUCCUGCUGUAUUCCUACUGCUGCUGCUGCUGCUGCUCUGGGCUGGAGCUGCCUUCCAGGUGGCUCAGGGAACCGAGCUUCACGCCUGCAAAGAGUCUGAGUAUCACUACGAGUACACUGCGUGUGACAGCCUGGGCUCCAGAUGGAGGGUUGCUGUGCCCCACACACCUGGAUUGUGCACCAGCCUCCCUGAUCCAGUGAAGGGCACCGAAUGCUGUAAGCAGCUGUCACCACAAGCUCCCCUAUUAUUAUCCCCAUUUUACAGAUGAGAAAAUUGUAUACCACCUCUGUCAUGGUCUUGCCGAUUUGAUGAGUGGGAUGAAUUACCACAUGGAUUUGCCACCCUAGCAACCAACAUGGAGAUUGAUGAAGACUUCACUGAAUCAUCUGAGAACUGUACCUCGUCAACCUGGGUUCCCUUGGGUGACUACAUCGCCUCAAAUACAGAUGAAUGCACGGCCACACUGAUAUAUGCUGUCAAUCUAAAGCAGUCAGGCACUGUUUCAUUUGAAUAUUUAUACCCGGACACUGGAAUCAUCUUUGAGUUUUUUGUUCAGAAUGAUCAGUGUCAACCUAACAUAGAAGACUCUAGGUGGAUGAAAACCACAGAAAAGGGGUGGCAGUUCCAUAGUGUGGAUUUAAAUCGUGGCAACAAUGUUCUGUAUUGGAGAACCACAGCCUUCUCGGUCUGGUCCAAAAUUCCUAAACCUGUGCUGGUGAGGAAUAUCGCCAUUACAGGGGUUGCCUACACUUCAGAAUGCUUUCCCUGCAAACCUGGUACCUAUGCUGCCAAGGAAGGCCUCUCUGCCUGCAAGCUCUGCCCAGCAAACUCUUACUCUAAUAAGGGGGAAACUUCCUGCCACAAGUGUGACCCGGACAAAUACUCAGAACAAGGAUCCUCUUCUUGUAAGCUGCGUCCAGCUUGCACUGACAAAGAUUAUUUCUACACGCACACAGCCUGUGAUGCCAAUGGAGAGACACAGCUCAUGUACAAAUGGGCAGAACCCAAAAUUUGCAGUGAGGAUCUUCCAGGAGCAGUAAAACUUCCAGCCUCUGGAAUGAAGACCCUUUGCCCACCCUGUAACCCAGGUUUCUUUAAAACCAACACCAGCACCUGCGAGCCUUGUCCCUAUGGCUCUUUCUCCAAUGGCUCAGGCUGUAUCAACUGCCCAGCUGGGACCGAACCAGCCCUGGGUUUUGAAUACAAAUGGUGGAACACAUUGCCCACAAAUAUGGAAACUACUGUUCUUAGUGGAAUCAAUUUUGAGUACAAGGGCAUGGCAGGCUGGGAGGUAGCUGGUGACCAUAUUUAUACAGCUGCUGGAGCCUCAGAUAAUGAUUUCAUGAUCCUUACGCUGAUUGUACCAGGAUUCAGCCCUCCGCAUUCAAUGAUGGCAGACACAGAAAAUAAAGAAGUGGCCAGAAUUACUUUUGUCUUUGAGACUGUGUGUUCCGUGAACUGCGAGCUUUAUUUCAUGGUGGGAAUGAAUUCCAGGACCAACACUCCAGUGGAAACAUGGAAGGGACCGAAGGGCAAACAGUCCUAUACCUACAUCAUUGAGAAGAACUCCAGCAUGAGCUUCACCUGGGCCUUCCAGAGGACCACCUUCCAUGAAACAGGUCGGAAGUACACCAACGACGUUGCCAAGCUCUACUCCAUCAAUGUCACCAACGUCAUGGAUGGCGUGGCCUCCUACUGCCGCAUCUGUGCCCUGGAGUCCUCUGACUCCGGCUCCUCCUGCACUUCUUGUCCUGCUGGCUACUACAUCAACCGAAACUCUGGGGCCUGCUACCCCUGUCCAGCUAACACAUUCCUGAGGGCACACCAGCCCUACGGUAUCCAGGCCUGUGUACCCUGCGGCCCAGGGACCCAGAGUAAUAAGAUCCAUUCACUCUGCUUCAACGACUGUACCUUCUCCAUCACCAAUGCAGCCAGAACUUUCAGCUAUGAUUUCUCAGCCUUGGCGAAUCCUCUCUCUCUGUCUGGGGGACCAAGCUUUACUUCCAAAGGGCUCAAAUAUUUCCACCACUUUACCCUCAGCCUCUGUGGAAAUCAGGGUAAGAAAAUGGCUUCAUGCACAGAUAAUGUCACUGACAUCCGGAUCCCUGAGGGGGAUUCAGGCUUCUCUAAAUCCAUCACAUCCUAUGCCUGUCAGUCAGUCAUCAUCCCCCCUGAGGUGACAGGCUAUAAGGCUGGAGUCUCCUCACAGCCCGUCAGCCUUGCUGAUCGACUUGUAGGAGUGACAACAAAUAUGAACCUAGAUGGAAUCAUCUCCCCAGCUGACCUUUUUCCCUCUGAAACUCUAAGGUUACCUGAUGUGAUCUUCUUUUACAGGUCUAAUGAAGUGACACAAUCCUGUACUUCUGGGAGAUCAACCACAGUGCGGGUCAGAUGCAAUCCACUGAAACCUGCCCCUGGAAGCCUCUCGUUGCCAGUGAAAUGCUCUGAUGGCACUUGUGAUGGCUGCACCUUCCACUUCCUAUUGGAGAGCAUGAGUGCUUGCCCCCUUUGUUCCAGCUUUGACUACCAUGCUAUCAUCAGUAGCUGUGUAGCCGGAAUCCAGAGAACCACUUAUGUGUGGCGAGAACCGAAGCUGUGUACAGGAGGCAUCUCCCUGCCUGACCAGAGUGUCACCAUCUGCAAAACGAUGGAUUUUUGGCUCAAAGUAGGCAUCUCUGCAGGCACCUGUGCUGCCAUUCUUCUCACUGUCAUGACCUGUUACUUCUGGAAAAAGAACCAAAAACUGGAGUACAAAUAUUCCAAAUUGGUAAUGAAUGCCACCCUUAAAGACUGUGAUCUGCCUGCUGCUGACAGCUGUGCCAUCAUGGAAGGCGAGGAUGUAGAGGAUGAUCUCAUUUUCACCAGCAAAAAGUCACUCUUUGGGAAAAUCAGGUCGUUCACUUCUAAGAGGACACCAGAUGGAUUUGACUCUGUGCCAUUGAAGACAUCCUCAGGAGACAUGGACAUGUGA